GAACUACGAGAGCGUAUUUCCUGUCCUAUGUUUGUCUGAUGGGUGCAGAGUGUGCGCGCGUGUUACAAUUUCUUCAUUCCACCAUCCUUUUUGUUCACUUUCGAGCGCAACGAAAUGCACCCAGCAGUCCGCAUACAAACGUACAUACAGUUGUCAUAGGAGAUCCUGCGGGCGCGUGAACUGAUGGGCUACCACCGGUGGGCACUGAUCAAGGGCAGGACCUCAGUCUAGUCGAAUCUCUCCCGGUGUGAAGAUGCCCAUUUACAAAAAGUCUGGCAUAAAAGGCAGCCGUAAUUAUAAACCAUUAGACAACAACGUGGACUAUGGCACGCGACAGAUCGAUCAGAUGCCAAUCGCCUGUUGCGAUCCUCGCAGUCCUUACGGUGGGCAGUUUGGCGAGCGAACUUUACGUGCUUGCGAACGUGUGACGUCACUCUGUUUGAGCGCGUGCAAGGCCAUUUUUGUUGGUGAUGUCUCGGCGGGAAAAAGUUCACUGGUGAAUCGAUUUUGUCACGAUGUUUUCGAUCGGAACUACAACCGGACAAUCGGGGUGGAUUUUGAGGUGGAAAAGUUUCUAGUUUUAGCUCAUGCAUUUAAUCUUCAAAUAUGUGAUACUGCUGGCUAUGAGCGAUUUAGGUGCACUUCUGAAAGCUACUAUCGCAAUGCAAACGCCGUUGUUGUGGUAUUCGAUUUGACGAAUGCGGAGUCUUUGCGAAAUGCUGAAAGAUGGCUCGAUGAAGCGUUGCAGUUGAACCGGCCUGAAAUAUUAAGAUUUCUUGUUGGAACAAAAAGAGAUCUACUUGUAUCUACUCCUCAUAAUCAAAUCGAAAAUGAAGCCAAGCAAAUGGCACGAGAGAUGAAAGCUGAGUUUUGGUCGGUUUCAGCGGAGAGUGGUGAAAAUGUUACCAAGUUUUUCCGACGUCUAACCGCACUGUCGUUCGACACAACCGUACAACGACUUUUAGGGUCCAACAAUCCGAUAAGCCAUCCCAGUGGGAAUAGUUUGCUGAACCUCUACUACCUCAAGGAAGAUCGGAAAAUUAAGAAAUCGAAAAAAUGUUCCUUUUGUAGAAUAAAUUAGUUUUUUUUUUAUCUUAACAAAG